GUGUUAUUGAGGGAAGUGGCUCAGUUCAGCAGCAGCCAUUUUAGCUGCACAGCACAUUCAGGGACUGUCCUCCUUUCCCUUCAGCCAUGCAGAGAACGAUCAGCUAACGGAUCCACCAGACCGGCCGCACCAUGGUGAAGCUGAAUCACCUGAGCGUGGAGGACCCAGACGAGGGGAACCCUCUGUUUCCAGAGGCUGCCGAGGCUGAGACGUCAACACUUGUCUUUCAGAACCAGCGAGCGGUCCUAAAGGCUGACUCGGGGGAAUUGUUCCUGAGCAGAAGGGAGAACCUCGCCUUCAGUUUAGCGCUGCUGAUCGGAUGCUACUCAGUUAUUCUCUUUCCUGCCUAUGUCCCCUUGAAUAAGGCGGCGGCUCUCAGCGAUGCCUACCAGCAUCCCAAGAACCUGGUCCUGAUGAACCAAUCUGCCUCCCUGCUGUCAGGCCCCUGUCGGCCUCGCUGGAGCGUGGACCACCUCAAGCCUCUGCCCGCCUCCGCGGGCCUUUUGGACCUCCCUGUGUUUGUGCAGCAGGACGGGCCCCUGCGCUGGGAUCUGCCCCCUCCAAUAGGGCUCCGGGGCACGGAGGGGCACGUUGCCCUUGCUCUUGCGUCUCUGCCUCAGCCCGGCCUGCCGCCGUCGCUGAGGGGGAGGAGCUGUAGACGAUGCGUGGUGGUGGGCAGCGGUGGGGUCCUUCACGGAAGCCAUCUUGGAUCUCACAUAGAUCAGUAUGACGUCGUCAUCAGGCUGAACAACGCUCCAGUGUCUGGCUUUGAGCGAGACGCCGGCUCCCGCACCACCAUCCGCCUGAUGUACCCGGAGGGAGCACCUCACGCCGCCAACGAGUACAACAAGACCACCAUGGUGGCCCUGGUGGUGUUUAAGAGUCUGGACCUGGACUGGCUCACUUCUGUCAUCACCAAACAGCCUCUGAGCUUCUGGUCCAAACUGUGGUUCUGGAAGGAGGUGGUGGAUGAUAUUCCCCUGAGGGCAGAAAACUUCAGAAUCCUCCACCCAGAGAUCAUUCACCAGACAGUACAGGCCGUACAGAGAUAUGCUCAGAGGCAGGAAAAUAAGGUCCCAACACUUGGCGCCAGCGCCGUGGUGCUGGCCCUGCAGCUGUGUGACCAGGUGAGCCUUGCAGGGUUCGGGUACGACAUGCAGCACCCGGAGGCCAGGCUCCACUACUACGAGGCCCUACGCAUGGCUGCGAUGAAGGUUCAAGUGGUGCAUGACGUCAGCGCAGAGAAACUGUUCUUGAGGGACCUGGUGGCUGCAGGAGCUGUGACUGACCUCACAGGAGCCGUGUGAGUUACUCAGGCAGAGGCUGAUGAAACCCUGAACUCGACACGCACUCCUCCUCCUCCUCCACAACGGGACGCUGCGUGGGAUCUGUCAGAGCUGUGCUGCGAGGAUCAUACCUGCACAGCACCAGGAGCGCCCAGACGAGCAAAAAUCCCCUCCAAACAUCAGCUCGCGACCCAAAGACUAACCUGAGCACAUGCCAUUUAAAACCCUCCGCCUCCCACCUGUGCAUGUAAAGUAAUGAGAAAUAACCUGUAUGUGAGACUACUGCUAUUUAUUGUUUUUUCUCCAGAAGUUGUACAGUAUCACAUCAUCGGCUGCAAAAAAGGACAGUUUCUGCAAAGUCAGCUGCAAAAUUUAAAAACAAUGAAAAAAUAUCAGUAAUAUCACAAAUUGUCAUAAAUGAGAAUUCAAAUAUAUUCAUAUAA